AUGAUUAGCAAAAAUAAUAGAAACACAAUUUCACAAUGUGUGGAGGAACUCCAUUCCAUUAAUCAUGCCGAGUUGUCAAUCAGAUUGGAAAAACUUGAUCGCAUUCUUCAUCAAUUUGAUUUAACGCAAUCUCAAUUGGAGGAAGAGGACCCUGACGAACUGGAAGCCAGCACACGCGAUGAAUUUACAGCCCCUUUCAUACGAAUUAAGGCAGCAUUUACAAGAGAGUUGAACAAGCUGGAUCUAUUAAUGUCAUCCACGAGAAAUCCAACACUACAUGAGCAGCCAUCUGUCAUCGUUAUGAAACAACCAAAGUCUCGUCUACCGCAGUUGCAGUUACCGUCUUUUGGAGGUGCAUACACUGAGUGGCCGAACUUUUUUGGCAUGUUUCAGACAGUUGUUCAUAAUGACACGGAGUUAUCGAACUUGGAGAAGUUCCAGCAUCUUCCAUCAUGCCUAAAGGACGCUGCACACAUUCAAGAGCUUUUCGAAUUACAGAAAGUGAGCGUUGACAAGAAAUCAGGUGAGCUACGAGCGCUGGUGAACAAGGUAGUAUCACAUGUUCGAGCCUUGCAUUCGUUGGGUACCUUCGAGCAAAUAGCAGAUUGCUUGCUACAAUACAUCGCUGCACAGAAAUUGGAUGCCGAAACUCAUGCAUUGUGGGAAGAGAAGGUUCCGACUGGCGAGUUGCCCUCGUGGACGGAUAUGGUCAGUUUCUUACAAAGGAGAUGUCAAACAAUUGAGAACAUGACUCAUGAUAUGGUAACGAAAACACCUAGCACACAGGUGAGCAAUACCAAGUAUCGUAAAAAUGCAUUUGUCAUUUCAAAGAGUACUCCAAAGGGUUGUGCAAUUUGUCACAAACACGACCACUUAGUCUACUCGUGUCCUUUGUUUGCAAACCUAAGUCCUAACGAUAGGUGGAAAGAAGCCAAAAAGGCGCAGAUAUGUAUUAAUUGUCUCAAAUUAGGACAUCAGGCGCAUCAAUGCAAAUCGUCGACAUGUCGUCGUUGCUCAUUGAAGCAUCAUACUAUGCUGCAUUUCAAUCAAAUUCACCAUUCAACACCUGGUCCAUCAGUAAUCUCACCUAGUCCACCACAGCCAGCCGCUCUCUUCACUAGGACAUCGAAUUUUCGCUUACCCUCAACUCAGUCACGCUCUUGUACAACUGAAUGUGUGCUACUAGCAACCGCCAUUGUCUUCGUUCGCAACAGUGUUGGAUCGCUUGUACCAUGUCUUGCGAUCCUCGAUUCUGCAUAA